AUGCCUGAGCCUGUGUCCGUCCUGUUCGUCUGCCUAGGCAAUAUCUGCCGGUCGACCAUGGCGGAGGGUAUUUUCCAAAACUUGGCGAAGCAACCGGAAUAUAAGGGCAAGAUUGCGCGCAUCGACUCUUGCGGCACGGCCGCAUAUCACGCGGGCGAGGAACCAGAUUCGCGAACUUUGUCGACGCUGGAGAAGAAUGGCAUUACGGACUACGACCAUGCUGCUCGACGGUUCAAAACGACGGAUUUCGAGAAAUUUGAUUACAUAUUUGCUAUGGACCGGUCGAAUCUGUCGGACCUUCAGCGCCUGCACAAGGGCAACCCGGACACAAAGGCCAAGGUGAUGCUAUUCGGAGAGUUCAGUGGCACGGGCAAAGCAGAGGUCGUCAAUGAUCCUUACUACGGCGGGCGGGACGGGUUCGAAAAGGCCUUUGAGCAAUGCAGCAGGUUCUCCAAGAACUUUCUCAAGGAUGUUAUUGGCAAGUAG